AACCACCAAACGCCUGGUUAGCAAAUGUUCCAAAACCGGUUUCAACAUGGUUGUUUCAUUCAGCUGGUCACUGAUGAAAAGUCCUUUAACCAGGCCAAAAUCCACCUCCUAUAAACCAAUCGAAACAAUUUCCUUGUUGGGCACUGCAGGCUAACUCUGACUCUUUUCGUUAGGACUCGGUCCCCUUGUCGUCUUGUUGACUACUUCCUAGUUCUUGUUCUUAGUUCUUAGUUCUUAGUGUUGGAGUUCAAGCGUGAAGUGAAGUCCUACAUUGGUUAGAGUUGGGCAUGUUGAGUAAUAUAUAAGUGAGAAAGACCCACCUACCUAAUGCCUUAAAGUUUUAGGUUAUGUUGUGGUGUCAAGCUCACUUGUAUGACUUACUCACUAUCCAUUGUGUGAAAUGCUCCCGGCGUUAAAAACUCUCCAACACUUAGUUCUUAGUUCUUCUCAGCAUUGCUUCUUCAAUGAGUUAGUAGUCUCUUCCCUUCCGUUCCGCAUUUGUGAAACACAAUGGGUAUGAUGACUUGGGUGGUUCUUCUUUGCUUGCACCUCUUGUUCCGCGGGAUGCACUGCCAGCAGAUAAGUGACUUCGAUAACCCCCUGGUUCUGCCACGUGUCACCCAGCUCGUGUAUGCUCAAAUCUCCAACAUCACCUCUCUUCUGAAUCAUCAAAUCAAAACCACCUCCAGUUUCUGCGUCAAAGACCCGGUUGCUGAUUGGAAUACAGCAUUUAAUUUUUCUUCUGAUUUGGGCUUUGUGUCUUCUUGCAUUGUGAAGACUAAAGGAGAUAUUACGCAACGCGUGUGUUCAGCAGCAGAAAUAAAGUUUUACUUGAGUAGCUUAUUGGAGAGAUCGAGUGACAACUAUUUAAAGCCUAACAAGAACUGCAAUUUAAACUCAUGGGUAUCUGGUUGUGAGCCAGGAUGGGCCUGUAGUGUUCUCACAAGCCAGCAAGUUGACCUAAGAAAUUCACUGGAGAUACCUGCCAGAACUACAAACUGUCAAGCAUGUUGUGAGGGUUUCUUCUGUCCUCAUGGAAUCACAUGCAUGAUACCUUGCCCUCUAGGUUCCCAUUGCCCUCUUGCUACACUCAAUAAAGAAACUGGUGUUUGUGAACCAUAUCUGUAUCAACUGCCUCCAAUGCAGCCAGAUCAUACCUGUGGAGGAGCAAAUAUUUGGGCUGAUGUUAGUAGCAGUCGUGAGAUAUUUUGUGCAGCAGGAUCGUAUUGCUCCAACCCUACAAAAAGAAUUCCUUGCAGUAGUGGGCAUUACUGCAGGAUGGGUUCUACAUCUGAGCAAAGAUGCUUCAAGUUGAGUUCGUGCAACUCAAAUACUGUGACCCAAAAUAUGCAUGCAUAUGGAAUCAUGCUCAUUGCUGCUUUGAGUACUUUGCUACUCAUUAUCUACAGCUGUUCCGACCAAGUUCUCACUACCAGGGAAAGGAGAAUGGCUAAGUCGAGAGAAGCAGCAGCCAUAAGUGUAAGGAAGACUGCAAAUGCACGCCAAAGAUGGAAAAAGGCAAAAGAUCUAGCUAAGAAGGGUUCAAGUGGACUGCAAGCUCAACUAUCACGAACAUUUUCUAGGAAAAAGGACUUUGUAGACAUCGAAGAAAUUAAAAUUUGGAAUCAACUAUCUACUGAAACAGAUAUUGAAUUGGUUUCAAAUUCACAUCCGAUUACCACAACCAUGGUCAGUAGUUCAUCUGCAGUGUCAAAGGAAAAGGGAAAAGAACCCAGUGAUAUGAUGCAGAUGAUGCAUACAGAAAAUGAUCCAAAUAUUAGGAAAAAUGUUCAUGUAGAAAUAGAAACUAGAGAUAAAAAUGUUACAGCAAGUGUGUCUAAGGAAAAGCAACCGCAUACACAUACCCAAAUUUUUAAGUAUGCAUAUGCUCAACUUGAGAAAGAAAAGGCUCAGCAAGAAGAAAACAGGUACCUUACCUUAUCAGGAGUAAUUAGUAUGGCUACCAAAAGUGAACAAAGGAAAAGGCCUUUAAUUGAAAUAUCUUUCAAAGAUCUAACUCUCUCUUUGAAAGCACACAAUAAACAUAUAUUGAGAUGUGUUACAGGGAAAAUUAAACCUGGCCGCAUCACUGCUGUUAUGGGUCCAUCAGGUGCUGGCAAGACAACUUUUCUUUCAGCAAUAGCUGGGAAGGCAUUUGGGUGCAAGGUGACUGGUUCCAUUUUUAUAAAUGGAAAGAAUGAAUCGAUCCACUCCUAUAAGAAAAUUAUUGGCUUUGUGCCACAGGAUGAUAUAGUUCAUGGAAACCUGACUGUGGAAGAAAACUUUCGGUUUAGUGCACUGUGCAGGCUACCUGCUGACUUGCCAAAACCAGACAAAGUUCUGAUUGUUGAAAGAGUUAUUGAAUUCUUGGGACUUCAUCCUGUACGGAAUUCUUUGGUUGGAACUGUAGAAAAGCGAGGGAUCUCUGGAGGCCAAAGAAAGCGUGUAAAUGUUGGAUUGGAAAUGGUCAUAGAACCUUCACUCAUGAUCUUGGAUGAACCCACAUCAGGGUUGGACAGUGCAUCAUCUCAACUCCUUCUUAGAGCACUAAGACGUGAAGCUCUUGAAGGAGUGAACAUUUGCAUGGUGGUUCACCAACCCAGCUAUGCUUUGUUUAAGAUGUUUGAUGACUUGAUACUCCUGGCAAAAGGUGGUCUUACUGUAUAUCAUGGAUCAGUCAAGAAAGUUGAAGAGUACUUUGCAGACCUUGGUAUAAAUAUCCCAAAGCACAUAAAUCCUCCAGAUUACUUUAUUGACAUUUUGGAGGGCAUAGAAGUACCUAGUGGAAGUUCAGGAGUCAGUUAUAAAGAGCUUCCGAUUAGAUGGAUGCUUCAUAAUGGAUACCCUGUACCUCUUGAUAUGCGGCAGAAUGCACCUCAAUUUGAUACAUAUGUAGCUGCAAACCCAGCUAAAGAAACAGAUCUUGAUGGAUCUGGCCAUGAAGAAAGAAGCUUUGUUGGAGAAUUAUGGCACGAUGCAAGAAAUGAUAUGGAACUUAGGAGGGAGAAAAUAAGAGUCAAUUUUUUAAAAUCAAAGGAUUUAUCUGACCGUAAAACACCUGGUAUAUUCAAGCAAUACAAGUACUUCCUUAUACGGGUUGGAAAACAGCGAUUACGAGAAUCUAAGAUCCAAGCUAUAGAUUAUUUAAUAUUAUUACUUGCUGGAGCCUGCUUAGGAUCACUUACUAAAGCAAGUGAUCAUAACUUUGGUGCAGCUGGAUACACCUAUACGGUGAUUGCUGUAUCUCUUUUAUGCAAAAUAGCUGCCUUGAGAUCAUUUUCUCUGGAUAAACUACACUACUGGAGGGAGAGUGAUUCUGGCAUGAGCAGCUUGGCAUAUUUUCUCUCUAAAGACACAAUUGAUCAUUUUAACACAGUGAUCAAACCUUUGGUUUACCUCUCUAUGUUCUACUUCUUUACCUAUCCAAGAUCAACUUUUGCAGAUAAUUACAUUGUGCUGCUUUGUCUUGUAUACUGUGUGACUGGCAUAGCAUAUGCAUUGGCCAUAUUCUUUGAACCUGGCGCAGCCCAGCUAUGCUCAGUACUUCUUCCAGUUGUUUUCACACUCAUUGCAACACAGCCAAAAGAUGGUAAAUUUAUGAAGGAUAUAGCUAACUUAUGCUACUCUAGGUGGGCUUUAGAAGCGUUCAUAAUUGCAAAUGCUGAAAGGUAUCCUGGAGUGUGGCUCUUAACUCGUUGUGGUUCACUACUGAAAAGUGGCUAUAAUCUUCAUGAUUGGGGUUUGUGUAUAUCUAUUCUCAUUCUUAUGGGUGUAAUCGCUCGGGCAGUAGCAUUUUUCUGUAUGCUCACCUUUCUAAAGAAGUAAGGCCAAUUUGGAAGCUGCCACAUUCACAAACUUGAAACUUGGGAUGUACAAAUUUGAAGGAAAACCUGUGUUUCAGGAUUGAUUACAUUAGGAUUCUCAUUUUUCAAGAAUGAUCUGUUUAAUGUGUUGGAGCUGAUGUUGAUUAUUGACACGAACACUAUAUCAUGGAAAUUCCGAUUGAUGAAAUCAUGUUUAUGUAAAUUCAUUAUCAGCUGCUUUUUUAUACAAUAGCAUUGUCCAUCUA